GUUUGCUUUUCUCCCGGAUCCGGAUGAAGGGGUUGCCCUGCCAAUGCUUCUGCCCUGCCCACUUCUGGCAGGUGGGGUCUCGCUUCAUGGCUGACAGCUCCAGGACUCAGGCCCCGGGGAAAGGGCCCCCACUCAGCAUCCAACUCCUGCGAGCCCAGUACGAAGGCUUGAGGCAGCAGCAGAGGGCCCAGGCUCACCUGGUGGUACUGCCGAAAGGAGGGAACGCGCCUGCUCCUGCUGAAUCCAUGGUCAGCGCUGUCUGGAUUAACAAGGAAAGAAGGCACUCGCUGUCCUUGGACAAAGUGGACCCUAAGGCCACGGGGAUCCCCGAGGAGGCCGACAGAAGCUGUCUUCAGGCCCCUGAGUCUCCAUGGCACACACACCUACAGAUGCACUGCUUGAUCCAAACCUUCCACCAGGAAGCCGGUCGUCAAGUAAAACACAAGGGCAAGCUCAUGGGGCCUGAGCAAAGGCUCCUUCAGAAAGGAGACCCAGGCUUGUUUGAAAACAAGCAGAUGACUCAGCAAGAGACUAGGAUCCCAGAGGCAGCCCAGCAUGGGUGUCAGGUGACCAAUACCCAAACAAAGGCAGUGGGAUCCGGCUUAAACAUUGGCAUUCAGUGCCCUUCCUCUACAAAGAACCCACACAGGUCUGGAAAACCAGCUCAUUAUCCAUUUCCCCAGAGGAAAACUCCCAGGAUCUCCCAAGCUGCCCGGAACCUGGGCUUAUAUGGCCCAUCCUGAAGCUUUCUACUCAGCCAAAUGUACCAACCUUGAGACCAUCUCUGGUCUCAUCCAAGAACCCCGGAGGCUGAGCCACACCUAGGGCCUCUAGCUUUGAGCAGAACUGCACUAACUCAAUGAUAGGGAUUGUGGGAAAUGCACUUCACAGUGGACACAAGGUCUUGUCCUUCAAAAAAGAAGAGAUCGCUCAGGCCAGGCUGCUCAUGGUUCAGAAUGAGAGUGCUGUCUGAUCAAUGCCACCCCGUUCUGCUUAUAAGAAGACAUUGGUACGGAGCCCUGGAAGCCCAUUCCUUGGAGAGGUCCAGCAGGACAUCUGCUCAGUCCCUAGAACCGGGGGAGUCUGAGACAUAAAACAGGGACCCUCGCCGAUGGAAUGCCUUAGCAGUGCCCUAGAGCCAACGGACAUGGAGUCAUUGUGAUUCUUUUUGUGAACAAUGAAUAAGAGCCAGUUGUUAACCUUUUUAUAGUCUAAUGAAAAACAAGGAUUUAAAAAAAAAAAGUUUGAUUUCAGUAUCUUCUGGUGAUUUCUCGCAUGUUCUGGAGAAGAUGACCUCUGCGAGUUGCCCUUUUCUGGUUGCUCUGCCUGGGGGCUAGCUCAUUCAGAGGUCACUGCAUUCACUGGUAGUGACCACACCAUUUCAGCUUGAGUCUCCCAAAGUAGGGGCACUCUGGAUACAAAGGGUCAGAACAAUGCCACCUCCUCUUUUGUGUGUUUAAGGGGUCUUUAGGAAGGGUUGGUCGUCCUUUUCCUCUCCCUGAGACUGCACGUACCAGCUUCAUCACAGAUUUAUUUCCUUCUGUCCUUCCCUCUGUCUUUCUUUCCCUCCCUCCCUCCCUCCCUUCCUUUCCCACUAUCAG